CCCGGAAGACGAAAAGCCCUCUCUCUCUCUCCACCACUGCCACCGUUGAUCUCUUUCCGACUCCGGCCGGCGCGUUUGAAGCGCGUUUCGAAACUAGGGAAUAGCUUCACAACUCCAAACUCGGUCAUGUAUCGAAUAGCUUCGAAAUUAGCCUCUUCCAUUGCUUCCUCAUCUUCCAAGAAACUUAUAUAUGGCAGCAGGGUCAUUAGCAACAGGAAUUAUGUGGCCAAAGAUAUCAGUUUCGGAGUUGGAGCUCGCGCAGCCAUGCUUCAAGGUGUUGCCGAGGUCGCCGAAGCUGUAAAAGUCACAAUGGGACCAAAGGGUCGUCAUGUGAUUAUUGAGACAAAUAGCGGGACGCCCAAGAUCACGAAGGACGGUGUUACUGUUGCCAAAAGCAUCAAUUUCAAGGACAAGUCUAAGAAUGUAGGUGCAGAUCUUGUGAAACAGGUGGCUAAAGCUACUAAUACUGCUGCAGGAGAUGGUACCACUUGUGCUACUGUUUUGACCCAGGCGAUACUCACGGAAGGCUGCAAGUCCGUAGCAGUUGGCACAAAUGUGAUGGAUUUGCGAAGCGGUAUCAAGAUGGCAGUUGAUACUGUCAUUACAGAUCUGAAGAGCAGAGCAUUGAUGAUUAGCACACCGGAGGAAAUUACUCAGGUUGCUACCAUUUCUGCAAAUGGUGAACGUGAGAUUGGAGAACUGAUAGCAAGAGCCAUGGAGAAAGUUGGAAAGGAAGGAGUCAUUACUGUGGCUGAUGGUAAUACCUUAGACAACGAAUUAGAAGUGGUGGAAGGAAUGAAGCUAGGCAGAGGUUAUAUCUCUCCCUACUUUAUCACUGACCAGAAGACUCAAAAAUGUGAACUUGAACAUCCAUUGAUCCUCAUCUAUGACAAAAAGAUUUCAGACAUGAAUUCUCUUGUGAGAAUUCUAGAGCUGGCAGUUAAGAAAAAUAGACCACUUCUUGUUGUGGCUGAAGAUGUUGAAAGUGAUGUACUAUCAAUGCUUAUACUCAACAAGCAUCGUGCUGGUCUUAAGGUUUGUGCCGUCAAAGCUCCUGGGUUUGGGGAAAACAGAAGAGCGAAUUUAGACGAUCUUUCCAUUCUCACGGGAGGGGAGGUUAUCAGUGAAGAUUGCGGUUUAACUCUUGAUAAAGUCCAACUUGAAAUGCUUGGUACUGCAAAAAAGGUGACUGUCUCCCUUGAUGACACAAUCAUUCUACAUGGAGGUGGAGAUAAGAAGCUGAUAGAAGAAAGAUGUGAGGAGCUAAGAACGGCAAUGGAAAAGAGUACUGCCUUGUUUGACAAGGAGAAAGCGCAGGAGAGGCUAGCAAAGCUAUCCGGUGGUGUAGCGGUUUUUAAGGUUGGAGGGGCUAGUGAGGCUGAAGUUGGGGAAAGGAAAGAUAGGGUAACAGAUGCUCUAAAUGCUACAAGGGCAGCUGUGGAAGAGGGUAUUGUGCCAGGUGGUGGUGUCGCUCUCUUGUAUGCGUCAAAAGCUUUAGAGAAUCUUCAGACUCAAAAUGGAGACCAGAAAAUAGGCGUACAAAUAAUCCAGAACGCUAUCAAGGCUCCCACAUUCACGAUAGCCACGAAUGCUGGUUUUGAUGGUGCAUUGGUUCUCGGAAAAUUGCUGGAACAGGACGAUUAUAACUUGGGCUAUGAUGCUGCUAAAGGUGAGUAUGUUGACAUGGUUAAAGCUGGAAUUAUAGAUCCAUUGAAAGUUGUGAGAACAGCUUUGGUUGAUGCUGCCAGCAUCUCAUUGCUAUUGACAACGACCGAGGCAGCUGUACUCGAGAAUCCAGAUGUCAAGAAACCUCCCAGCCGCAUGCCGGAUAUGGAUUCCUUUGACUACUAAAAGCGAGUGAAAUUCAAAGUUUCACCUUAAACAUGCUUUGCAAAAAUGAGCUGAGCUUGAGGACUUCUGCAAUUGCGGGUAUCUUAGUUUGUAAUCCGAGUUAUUAAUUUUCACAGGCCAUGAGAGAUCCACAAUUUACAAAAUACAGAAUUCGUCUUGGUGUACUAUUAAAUCGCCGUACCAAAAUGUUAGAGAUCCAUUGAAAGCUUGGGUUUUGCCCUUCAUAAUGACAAUCACUUAUUGUGACUGUUGGAAGUGUUAAAUAUAUGUGAUAAUGUCUUUUCG